CCAUUUUCAAAUUGGCGCCAUGGUUUGAUAUGGCGGACGGGAGCGAUGAGGAGGAAAACUGGCCAGAGUUCUUCGAAAACAAUCGUCUUAUUCCAGUACAUCCCAACAGAAGAAAGUCAGGAUCUCAAUCAAAGCCUAACGUUCCUUUUCGUCUGUUGUUUAAGUCUGUAGUUGGGGUUUCUCUACCACAAUCUCUUGUGAGUACUGCUGGUUAUUUUUGUUAUUUUCAGCUGUUAUUAUUGUUCACCUGUUUAUGAGCGAAGAUUUUACCAUAUCAGUCUGUUGCUAAAUAUUCUGUCAAUGAGGAACUGCAUGAAUUUAUUAUUUACGAAAGAAAACCAGAGUCACUUAUGCAUUAUGAAAACUAAUCGCAAUAUAAUAACAUACAGAGAGGGAUAGAUUUUUGACAAUUAAUGAAUGAGGCUGAGUUGAUUGUGUAUUGGCCAAAUCGAAGCUUCAACAUCCCCCCCUGGCACCCCCCGGUCAUUUGACUUUCUUGAAAAUUAUUGUUCAAAUUGCCCCCUACCCAUGCCAAAAUGCCGUUCAAAUGCCCCACACUAGUGUCCACUGGGGUUUCUCUACCAUAAUCUCUUGUGAGUACGGCUGGUUAUUUUUGUUAAUUUCAGCUGUUAUUAUUGUUCACAUGCUCAUUAGCGAAGAUUUUAACUGGUCCAUUCAGGUGAUCAAAGGCCCCCACCCAGGGGACAUUUCACAGGCACAUAAAUGACAGAAGGACUGCAGAAACGCCUUCAGUUGUCGAACAAAAUCACUCUGUUAGCUUAUUUGCUACGAACAAAAGUCUCGUGCAAAGUGGCAGAAAUUUCUGCUACAAGGUCACUGAAUGCUCAGCUUUUCUUGGUGUCAUGCAACAUAUAUAGCAUUCAAUAAAAAAAAUCCCACCUAUUGAGAUUACUACUACAUCAUGACCAUUUCACUGACAUGGAUCAUCGCUCACCUUAUUAAUUAACAUACAUGCGGCAGGUGAAAGUAAUUGACCUCUGUUGAGCUUUUUCAGGGCUGAAAAUAACGGCUGGUCGACGGACAAUUUCCGGCCUGAUCAGGGACUUGACCGGUCAAACUCCGGUCAUGCUGGUCAUUUUGGCUGGUCAUUUUUGGAUACGAACAUUUUAUUUUUCAUACAGUUGUUGCUGAAUGCUCUAUAAAGCUGUAGUGAUUUUUUUUUUCUUUGGCGUGUUUUGCUGCUUUGCAGUAAACCCUUCUAAGAAAAAGAAUGCUGCAAUAAAUUAAUUUUAUGCCAUCAUUUCAUAAUGAAACGCAACAAAGUGAAUAACAAACUGACUUUUGGAGGAGUAACGCAACAUUGCAGGUUGUACUGUACUUUCUGCUUUACUGUAAUCAGUAAUGUGACCUUCUUUGGGAAUUUGACAGAAUUCGGGCAGGUCGUCCUCUAUUUCUCCUGGAAUAAUGUUAGUGCUUCAAUUAUUAAUAAUAAUAAUUUCUUUAUGUCAAACAAAAACACAAAAAUCUGGGGGGAAAAUUGGCUAUAUUUGAGGCCCUAUUUAAAAGCCUUCCCUGUUUUCAAUGUUCUGAAAACUUGCAGGGAAUAUUUCUUGACGAUUGAUCUCGGGAUUAUCGAAUUUAUAAAAAAAUUUAUCGAGCGGUUUUUGGGAAAAUGCGAAAUUAUUAGGCAUGGACCAAAUUACGUCCAAAAACUGUAUCAAAAGCAGCUAAAUGUAAGUUAAUAAAAUUCUUCUUACUCACGAUCGCCCAGAGCAAUUCCCCUCUUUUUUCGUAUGCAGUUUUCAAUGGAAUCAAACCACUAUGAGAUGAAGCCUCGUUCCCAAAGCUUAUCAUUUUCUUGAAAUAUUAGCGAAUUGUGUAGGUAGCAUGCUAUUUCACUGUUUUUAUUAUUCUUAAAAGUACAUUUCAAAAUAUUUCGAAAACGCUCUCAUAGAAUUUGUUCAAACUUUGCCAUAAUGGAGGCAAUUAUAGCAGGUACAUACUCCCUAAAGCGAUUUCUUCAAAAAAACUCCUGGAACAGAGAAACACAAAGAUACAUGAAAAACGUAAUGGUGUCAUUACAUUGCCAUGACGACUCCGAUUGCAACAAAACCCAGAUCAUAAGAAAUUUUCAUCUUUAUAUAAUACAGUUGUGGUAACCUUUUUUCCAUAUCUUUACUCGUGCCGACGUAGUUAAUGCUCAAAGUUGGGAGGUAUCAACCCCAAAAAAUCCAGUCGAGCCACCUUAACUGUAUGUGUUUUCCAUUUCCUAAACAUGAGAGUUUGAAAAGGAUUUACUGUAUUUAUUCGGCUAUAAGCUGAGCGAUUUUUACACACAUUAAAGCUAAAGUUAAGUCAAAUUUGAGCCCAAGAGGGUUAUGCUGAUUCUACGUGUUCAAAGUUUAGGGUCUCGGCUUAUAGCUGAAUAAAUACAGUACGCUUCACUUUUUACCUUUAGAGACUUCAGACACCGCUGUACAACAAUACUCAAGGUAGAAGGGACAUGAAAACGCGCAAAAACCACAGAAAGGAACUCUACAACAUGUGAAUACAUUUUUCACCAACUUGCGGUCAAAAAUGUGAACGUCAUUCAAUGUAGUAAUAACGAUCUAUUGCCAGUGUAAUUUGAUAUUCCUUUGGCAAAAAAAAAUAGUAUUCAUUAUUUGACCGGCCAGAAUUGGGUCAUCAUGACUGGCGACCUGCUGUCGGUUAUUUUCAGUCCUGUUUUUAUUGUUGUAUUGAAUCGCCAGUAUAGGUAUUGCAUUUCAUUGUAAACACAACUUAAUACAUUCAUAUAUUCAAAGCCUGAAUCCAAUAUUAAAAAUAUUAAAAUUAUUUAAAUACCUUUAAAUACGGCACAAAGCUUGUUUAAGUCCCUUCCUCAUAACCAAUUGGCCACAAAGGCACAAUCUUUUCCUCAAAAAUCGUCAAACACUGCUUCCCCUAUCAUAGCUUGCCACGCCAGGGAUUUCACAUGAAAUUGAGGGUACAGUUUAAAGUCCCCACCCCCUGGAAGACUCUGAUAAUCAAAAUCCCUCCUCCUCAAAUUUGGUCAUCAGUAGCUGGUUAUGGUGAAUUAUGUGUUUGCUUUUAGCCAAUCAGAAUCGGGAAAAUAUUUUGAAUGAAUAAAUUAUAAGCUUAAUAUUACGCUGCAAUGCAAUGGCUUGUACAGGCAAACCAUUGCAUUGACUGCUAAACUCAUUACUUAUUCUUCAGACUAUUACCAAAGCCUCACUCUAGAAAGCUGGUUUAGGCGACUUAGAACAAAUGCGUCUUUUUCAAAGCUAGCAGUCAGUUGUACUGAGAAACAACUUAGCUACACUGUAGUUUCAGAAGCUGAACUUUUCAAUGUGACCUAGUUGGACAUUGUCCUUUCCUUUGCGAUGUUUCAGCCAAAUUGCUUGGCUUGCAUCAGUUGAAAGUGAAUACAAGGUUACAUAGCACGACUGAUGAAAGCCAUGUGAUUUGGCUGAAAUAUCUUGAAGCAAAUAUUUUUAUACAUUCCAGUCUAUAAUAAUAUUUCUUUCUCAUUAAUGUCAUCGGAAUGUGAAAUGAACUUUAUUGCUUGCAUUUUUCAGAAUGUUAACUCCCAAGAUGUAGAAUUUCAGCUACGAUUUACUUUGUAUGAUGCUGCUAAUAAGUGUUUCUUUGGAAGCACAUGGUUGGGACCUUACUUUUCAAGCAGUGCAAAAGAAAAUGGCAGACAUAGCCUAACUUGUGAUGAGGUAAAAAUAGUAGUGAUCUAUAUAUGUAAAUGUGCACAUGCAGCGUGCAAAGUCGUGUCCGAUAGCCUGGGGCCAGUGGAUUUUACCGUUGGGCUGGUGAUUUUUGUUCUUAACUUGCCUGACGGGCAAGUGCUGUUUUUUGGGGAAAUUCAAAGUACAGAAGGAUUGUAAUCAAUCCUGCUAAUAAAAAAGGGUUUGGGGGCUAGUUGAAAUGAGUUGUGGGCUAGUGCAUGCUAGCUACAGCUUGCCCGAAUGGCAAGCUGUAAAACUGACUUUCUUUGCACCCUGACAUGUCAAUCUAAUAUUGUGUUUAUUAUUAUUACUAUUAUUAUUACUAUUAUAAUUAUUAUCAUUAUUAUUAUCAUCAUCAUCAUCAUUAUCAGGAGCCUAUUAACCUGUUGUCAUCCAAAUAAUAAUUAAUAUUAUUUGAGUGAUUAAGUAAUAUAAAUCAAACUAAUGAUUAAAAAAUUAUUUUCUACUUUUCUAUUUCAAAAUAGGCUGUGUAUUUCUACUCCUCAUUGAAUGAUAUCACAUGUGUUGGGGUGUUUGAAGUAACUGGUGAAGGUAAGAAUCAUUACUAAAAAAUGGUUUGCUGACUAUUAGCCUGUUUAAGAUUACAUGUAAAACCACACCAGCCGUCUCAAAACUUUGAAAUAUCAUUGUUUCCACUGACAUUGUGUUUUUGUUGAAAAACUCUCCACACAACUGGCAUGUCCUAGACUGGUAACUAAUGUGAUGACUUUAAGACCUUUUUUUUGAAACUGUGGGUCUUUGGUCCUUGCAAAAUCCAGGAUAUCUCUCUUAGUUUGUGACUUUGUUUUGUUCAUUUCUUGACAUCUUCAUGGGGAUAAGGGAAUGGAGGUCAUUGUGCACUCGGAUCUUUUGUUUGGUUUCUUUAUCCAAAACAUAGAAAGUGACAGGGCUGAAAAUAACAGCCGGUCAACAGACAUUGUCCGGCCUGAUCGCCGACUUGACCCGUCAAACUCUCAUCUUGCCGGUCAUUUUGACCGGUCAUUUUUGGAUAUGAACAUUUUAUUUUCCAUAUAGUUGUCGCUUAAUGCUCUAUAACGCUGUAAUGAUUUCUUUUUCUUUGGCAAUUUUGCUGCUUUGCACCAAAACCUUCUACGAAAAAAAAGCCACAACAAAUUAAUUUCAUGUCGUAAUGAAAUGCAACAAAGCGAAACAAUAACGAACUGAGUUGUGGAGUAAUGCAACGUUGCAGGUCAGUAAUGUAACCUGCUUGCGGAAUUCGAUGGAAUUUGGGCAAAUCGAUCGCAAUUCUCAAGGGGUCGUCCUGUGUUUUUCUGGGAAUAAAUGUUAGCGCAUUGAUUAAGGAUAAUUUCUUUAUGUUGAACAUGAAUCUCGUUUGCGGACUCGAUUCCAGAAUAGUCUGAUAAAAAUUUAAGCUAAUCGAGAAGGAACGUUGUCUAUCUCGGCGCUUAAUUCUCCUUCUUGUAAACAACUUUCUGUUGACAUUUGAGCCCUUUGCAAUUAAGUGUUGUGCGAUGACCCGAAUGAAAGCUGUAUAUUAAUUGACGUCUGAUAAUAAACAGGUUGUUUGUGGAACAGACUUUUCACCAAUGCAAAUCAACUUCUUUGCCAAAAAUAUUAGCUGCGAUUCUCCUUUAUGGAGGAGACUUUCAGUCAUGUGCCAGGCAAGGAAAAUGAUCAAGUUUCACCGACGUUCAUUUUGGAACAUCAAAGUAAAACAAAUUGGGCAGAUUUUGUUCUGUAAUAACCCAAUUUUUUUUUUUUUUUUCAUAAUUCCUAAAGUUUGUUGAACUGUAUGUGUAUUCCACUUCCUGAACCUUGAGAGUUUGAGAAGGAUUUACGUUUCACUUUUUACCUUUAGAGACUUUAGACACCGCCGUGCAAUGAUGCUCACGACAUUAAAACACUCAAAAACUGCGGAAAGGAACCCUACAACGUGUAAAUGCAUUUUUCACCAAGUUGCUGUCAAAAAUGUGAAUGUCAGUGUUGUCAAAACGAUCUAUUGCCAAUGUAAUUCGAUAUUCCUUAGGCAAAAAAAAAUCAUAGUAUUCAUUUAUUUGACCGGCCAGAAUCGGGGUUUGUCCGGGCUAAAAAACAUUUGGCCGGUCAUCAUGACCGGCGACUUGCUGUCUGUUAUUUUCAGCCCUGAAGUGAAAGUGACUUUCACCGAAAACAUGACUUCCAGGACUUGUGUCAACCUCCACCAUAUUGAAACUGUUUGCAGAAGACCCUGGGUCCUGUGGGAAAUUAAAGGAGAGACAUGGGGCAAGGGUCAUCCCAGGAAUUGUUGACCUUUUGACAGGAAUUCAGAACUUGUUUGGAUCUGGUAUGGCAAGCACUGUGUCUGGGAAAGGGGUACAGGUGUAGAUAGCUCUUAAUUUUUACUGGAGCAGGUGGUUCUUUUCCAUGGACUUACCAGGUACAUGUAGAGGUGCAUUUGCAUUUCACAAAACGAAACAAAAAAACUCUUUACUCUAGUAUUCAAAAUUCAAGAAAAAGGACACAACAGUUGCACAAGAAAAUAAGAGGGUCCAGGGCCGUGCCCUAGCAGAACCCGGUGGCCCCUGGCGCCCAACUUUUGCUCCUGGGUGACUAGAAAAUCUCAGAUUUUUCAUACAAAAUAUGCUGCACACCCUGGAUUUUACAGGUUCAGAGCACUGGGCGCCCUUCAAUUUUCCUUACAGCACAGCCUUCGGGUUUGAUUCCAGGCUGUGAAAAUAUUCUAUGCCACCCUCAACAACUAUGAGGAGUUUAUAAAUUAUGUUAAAAAAAGUUUUUUUUCAAUACUCAUAAAAAUACUUAUGUACAGUGCUUCACUUAAAAAAAGAAUUAAUGUCGAAGUUCCUUUAGAUAGGCUUUAAAAAUUAAAGUGUAAUAAAACAAGACAACAAAACAUAUGGUGUAAUGGAGGGAACACCGCUCUACGAUCAGCAUAAAGCCCUACUUAUCUCCCCGGUGCUAAUUUACACGUGCCGGGUCGGACAAGUUCAGGUAGGUCCAAAACAAACAAACUUAAUACUGCCUAACACUUCACGGCACUAUAAGCUGAAACCUCCAGCCAGCAUUGUGCAAUUUAAUGGAAUGGUGUAGGCAAAUAGUUUGUUCCAGGAACUUUAUCUUAUCAGCACUACAAGCCAACUCCGGAACGUGCUGGAAUACAAUCAAACAUAAAAGUUUGCGUUAAAAUCAAAGCUUGGGGAAGUUCCUGUGAGACUUAAACCGAAGGCGAAAGAAAGCAGUGAGCUCAUGUUUAUUAGGAACAACAACAAAACCCCUAAGGGGAGGGAAGGGUGGGAAUUACAAAACUUUAGGACAAUUGUCUUGAAGUAUUCCAACUUAGCAAUACAGCUCGGAGUGAGACACAGGACUUUUACCAGGCCUUUUAUAGUCCGAGUGCUAUCCCUAGGUAAGCCAAUGAAGAAUACUGUACUACUGAAUAGAACGUGCACCUAAAGUGAUCCACAAGAUAUGCAUGAGGAAAAUAUUUUUACUAGCCAUAGAAAAUGAUUGAUACAUUAGAAACUAGCCCCAACUGCAACAAAAACAAGGAUUGCUAUUGUAUCAGUAAUUUCCCAGCUAUAGAAGUGAUUUUACGUACUAUCCAGUACUUUUACCCACUACAAGUAAAAUUCUACGAGAUUUGAUAACGACUAAAGCAUAACACUGCGUUUCAUGUUGCUGAUUUAAGGCGUCACGUACCAUUAACUGCGUUUUACAACUGAGCUGUAAAACUUUCCUGAGACAAAAUUUGUACCUUAACAUCUGUUAGAAAAUAAGGAAAGAUCAUAAAGUCUCAAUAUCUCUUGAAAUAUAAUCCACAAAAAUGUUUCUCUACUUAUUAGUAUUAUUACUAUUACUAAUAGCAAUCACUACCAAUAUUUAACAUCUUUUCACUAAUUCCUGUUUAAAAUCUACCAUGAUUUCAACAUGAACUAACAAUGAUAAGAAUAUUAAAUAGUAGUAAUAUGCAAUAUUCAUUAUCUUUUCUCUAAAUCAACAUCCUAAAAGUCCUCUUUCGAUGUCAAAGUCCAUUGAACGCAAUCCCCUCAAGCAUAGGAGGGAUGUUCUCAGAAUAACAAAAUUAAUGAAAUUGUGGGUCUUAUCCAAGACAUCGUAGUCGAGUAGUCCUCGCCUUUCUUGGCUGACAGGAGUUCCGCUAGUGGCUUGUGGUAGACUUGACACUAAGGUGCCAUGCCACCUGUAGUAGUGAACACCAGCGGCUUGAAUGUGGCUUGUUCCACCUCCAUAACUCGGCUUGCAUACAUACGUUUCUUCUCUUGUUCAUGCUGGCAAUACAGUACAUUUACUGAGGGGAGAGGUCCUUGUGAGAUUCUACAUUUGGGUGGCACACCCAUAUGUCAAAGAAUGUGGAACCCUGUCUAGACCAAAAACCCAUGCAUGAAUGUCAAGCCGGGCAUUGGGGGUUGCAUUAGCCCCCCUGGCUAACAACUCACCGGUAAUCUCCUCCAGAUUAUAUGUUAAUAGUGUUAUCAUCUUUAUCUUAUUUUUCUUUCAGUAAAUGGCCGAAGUUUUGGAUGUGGCUGGACUAUAAUCAGGAUUUUUGAUAGAGUAUCUGAUCUUCCUGAAACUACUUCACGUCAGGCUCCACCAAAAAGGUAUAAUCUUCCAAGUUUUGAAUACACAGUUGAUUAGGAGGGUAGCGAAGUCUGCUGUGUGACAUUAAUUACCAAUUAAUGGUAGAUCCAUUGUACAUUGUAGCUUUACUUUUUCUAAUUAAUGGCUGCUGUGUUGUAGAGGUACUCAUAGUUUUGUUCCUUUCAAAUUUUAGUUUUCCUUUGUACUAUGGCUCUCCUGCUAGCGUGGUUAAUAUCUCAGAAACUAUUGAAGGUAAUAGUAAUUAAUGUAAAGUUUUGAAAGAAAUGGAUGGCUACCCAAAAGUAACGUUAAAUUUUGGACCUCAUUAGUAAUAUUCCUGAAAGUGGCAGCGCUCCUGAAAGUAACAGCUCCCCAGAGUAACAUCUGUUUUUCAGACCUUCCUUUUCUUGCUCUUUAUGAUGUGAGAAAAAUAAUGCUUUGAUUCACUGUACCAUCCAUCAGUGCCUAACAUCAAACAAGCUUUAUUGCUAUAUUUUGACCAAGAAUUUGCCCUGUCUAUUUGGUGAAAAGAACCUGCCUCUCACUUGCUGUUAGCUUGCCUGUAACAAACAACUCGGGAUCUUUUGUCAGCAUUUCCAUGGCUUGACGAUCGACUGACUUUUUAAACUCAUUAUUUAUCACAACUUCAAGAGGCUUGACCUUGCUUGUUGCCCCUGGUGGGACUAAAGCUAGAGCAAUGUGACAUGAUCCUGAAUGUCAAAGAAAUAAAGUUAAGGAGCAGAGAGAAUUCACUGAGGAUUAAAGCAACAUCAUGCUUGUUAUGCAGUUGUGGUCAAUUUCUUUAUUUGUUAUUUAAUUUAUUUAAUAAAUGACACAUUUUGACCACCCAAAAGUUGUGGCCUCCCAAGCUUGCUUAUUCUGAAAGUAAUGGGGCCGCUUCUUUCUGAACUCAUGGUACAUUAUUAUCUUUUAUUCUGUUACCAUCCUCAGAAUACACCAAUAAUUAUUUAUUCAGAAAUGGCAAGUAUUAUUUAAGUCAUAGAAUCACAUCUUGAAACCACCUUAUAUGGUAAUAUAGCCACAGCCUGGAAACUCCGUAUAACUCAUAUCUCAGUUUAAUUGAGCAUUUUUGUUGGUCUCUGCAGAGUCUCCCAGUCUGUGUGCAGUUAAGGCAUGCAGUUUGAGUUUUGUUCUUCAAAUCCACCCACCUCUAGAGAGAGUGUUUCAUCUGAUUCCUGAAAAUGCUGUUUUGAGUGGUGAUGACUUUGUGCCAGGAAUUUUGGAACCACAACCUGAUGGUUUGCAUAUUAAGCAAUUUAUUGCAACAAUUCUGUCUAGGGUUGAGUUUUACAAUCCUGGGUUAUAUACAGUGAAAACUGAUAUGCCCUGUUCGCAUUUAACUCAAGAUUAGAGCUAACCAAGCUUUGAACAACUUCACCCAGAAGUUACUAGUAAUUAAAAAUACAACUGCAGCUACCGUCUGCUACUACAUAAGGUAUUUAUUUGACCAUUAGGAAAAGUAAGAAAAAAAAGUACAAUAUAGUUUCCUGCUGACUUAGUUGAAGUGUUAUAAAUUAUUGCUGUGAAACAAGCAUACCCAGUUUACUUAAAACUCCUGAUGAUGUGGGUUUGGCUUUUAUAAUGAUCAUCGCAUGUGAAAAAUCUUUUUGUAGCAAUAUCAAGACAGUAAUCAAGUUCUUUAAAAAUGCAAGUGUCAUGCUUAAUAUAAAAUUUACCGUAUGUUACUUUUUAAAAGAUGUGUAAUGUACUAAGGUCAUUUCGUUUUAGUCGGAUGUUUCUUCUUUAGGCUCAGGAAUUGUUGACAUUUUAAAGAAACCCAGGUUGGCAAAAACUACUCCAAGCUUUAUUAACAAGGUAUUACACAUUGUACAUUAAUGUCUAGGUGGCCUCUGGUAGUCUCUCUACCAGUUUAAGAGUAAAUUACUUGUUUGAGUUUCAUAUUGUUUUGCUUUAAAUAUCACAUAUGAGGCAAAAUUGCUGAAAGCUGAUUGGCUGAGACAGGGGGCAUUUUUUUCUUAAGUAGGACAUUUUUGGUAGUAGGAUCGUUAUUUGUAAAACAGAGUUAACUAAUUAGAGCUUAUUGCAGCCUUCAUUCUACCAUGCAUACUCAGUAUUGUUGGCUACAACAGCCACAUUAUAUUUAGCAUGUGAUAAAGGACAUUGCACGUGACUUUUUUCUUGUGCAAGAGUGGCCUGUUUAUUUAGAUAUUCACAAGAACUGACCCUGGGUUUACAGUUUCUUAAUAACUAUGCUUUAUUGUUGCUAGCUGUAAGUGAUACUAAGUUGUGCCUAUAGCUGUCAUACCACUUGAGUGCUUCUUUGUUUUUUGGCUUCACAUGUUCAUGCUGUAUUUUUAUUAUGUAGCUUACCCGCGUCAGUUGUUUAUCUUUUUGAGUAUGCCUCAUCCUACAAGUCUGGAUUCCACAAACUUUUCGCUCUUCGAAUUUCAAGCCCUCCCAAUGAAUCCCUUGAUUCUUUUGGCUUCAGCCCAGAAUCUUGUCACCACUGGAACAAGGACUCUCUUGGCAGAAAGGAUUUUUGAACAUGAAUGAGUGAACGAGCAUGGUCCUCAGCGCAUCAACCUUCAUGCUCCAGCUCCGCCAAUGCCUCCCUCUAAUCCACUGUAUCUCAGGACGUUCAGCGACCUUCUUCAGGCACAAACUUCUCCCUUAGCCAACUUGACCAAUUCCGUGAACUUAUAGCCAAAGCCGUUGGUCCCAAAUGUUCUAUCCCCAAUGAAGCUCCGGGCUUGUUAGCAAGCAUACAGCUCCUUUCCCCCGCAAGCUCUACCAACAGUGCGGCAUUCAACGCCUCACAAUAGAACCUGCAACUUACUCCAAAUACUAUACAAGAUGGCAGCUCUUUGCAAUUCCAGCCAGUGCCCGGUCUGCCCCGGGCUCAUGCCAAGUCAGUCAAGCUGCAUUUGCUGUUCCCCAUCACGACCCUACCUUGCCACCACUACCGGAGAAACUCUGUUCUAAGAUAACCAAAUGUGGGUACAUUGAUUUCAACGAACUUUGGUCGGGUAACAUGUAUCCACAUCCCUCCUUUGCGUCCUCCCAGAACAACUUCACCGUCAAUCUUGACCCUCAAGAGGCCACCACCCUAGCUUUUGUCCCUUCUUAGCACAAGAAGCGUCGUAUCGACAGUCAAUCCUCCUGGUUCGAAGCCUGGAACGUCUUCCUACACUCAGUUUUAUUGCCUUACGGGCCUUUACCCACACCUUGCCUCAGACCUCCUCGCAUAUCAGGCCCAAAUUUGCAAGUUUAGUAGUAGAUUUAAAGCAUCAGCCUGCUUUGUGUAUGAUACAGCCUUUCACUACAAUGCUGCCUCCAAUGUUUCAGUGGCAUGGGAGAAAGUUAACGAACAACUCUACAAUGAUAUUUUAAAGGAAGAGACCCUCCCCUACUGCAUCCAUUGCCAUGCCUAUGGCCAUCGUACCUUGGGUUGUCCAACUAGAUCAAAGCCUCCUCAGCCUUUUCAUCCUUCGAGGGCUUCCUCCACUACUUCCUUCUCCGACACCUUUGGCUCCCCUUCCACUGCCCCCAACCUCCCAUCACAACCCAAGCACCCCCAACAAGCAGUCAUCUGUCAUGACUUUGACCGUUGGACCUGUGGCCACCCUGACUCUCAAUAAUAUUUAAGCACAUCUGCAACAAACCAGAUUCCAGAGGAAACCACCCUGGCUCCCAGUGGCCAAAAGUACCCCAGCUGUAAUCUUGUCCUCCCCAGUCAAGCCCCCCUCCACACCCAUCCGCAUUCCCAACUUGUCUAAGGAACUCAAGCAUUAUCCUAAUCAGCAUUUUGACGCCGUGUCUACGGCCCUGGCUAAGGAGGUGUCCAACAGUCAUACCGCAGAGCCCUUUCCAUCACCACCUAUCUUCAACCUCCAAUGUUCCCCUCUCGGGGUAGUGCCUAACAAAGAUGGCACUUGGCGGCUUAUUAUGGAUCUCUCCUCUCCCCAUGGUUCUUCAAUUAAUGACUACAUUUCCAAGGAAGGCUUCACCCUGCACUACGCUACCUUCGAUCAAGCAAUCUCCCUGGGCGCACAUCAUGAAAUGGAUGCCCUCAUGGCAAAACUUGAUAUCAAACAUGCUUUUCGACUCUGGUAGGGCAACUCUUACAUUGAUCUCUACCUCCCCUUUAGUUUGUGAUCCUCCCCCUUCCUCUUCAAUCGCUUAGCCGAUGCCUUUCAUUGGCUCCUGAAGACCAACUUUCACAUUCAGGACCCCAUGCAUUACCUCAAUGACUACCGGUAUUUACCAACUCUUCGGUCUGCGCUCACAACGUUCAAACCAUUAUUUACAUGGCCUCUCAGGUGGGCAUACCCUGGUCCCCAAUAAACUUGUAGGACCCACGACCCGCAUGGUUUUUUAGGUAUCCUCAUUGACACCACCUGCAUGGAAACAUUCUUACCCGAUGUGCAGGCCACUGGUUUGCUGGCCUCCAGAACUCCAGAAUCGGCCGAUCCAAUGGAAAGAGUUUACCCCAUCUCUCUUACAUGUCUUCUCUAGGGUGAUCAGUGAGCUAGAAAGAAGCUCCUCUUCCACUACUGCAGCAAUCAAGCUGCAGAAAAGAGAACGAAAGAGAAAGAGAACCGGUCCUCUCAGGACGCACAUGUUCUAGCGCGAUAGUUUACUAAAAAUUCGUUUAGAACUGCGUAGAUCUUCAACAAAUCUUUUUUGAGAAUAAAAUAUAAAGACUUUUGAAUCUUCUUCUUUUGUCUGAUUCCUUUUUUAAAACUAAAAAGAGCCAUACUCACUUUGAAUGGUUAUCGAGCUUGCUUUUCUGAUGUUCCGAUUGAAACUCCUUGCAGAGGCUUGGGAACUGAUGUCUCAUUGUGAGGCAUUCUGGGACAGAAAGUAGAUUGAAAAAACGUGGCGGAUUCGGAAUUCCAGCCUAGUGAGUUCAUUAAAUAUAAGAGGCAUUUUCUGCCUGCUUGGUUGAAAGAAUUUACAUGGUUGCCAUAUCUGUAAGUCAACAGGUAAGAGAAACCCUUUCACAACUACAGGCUGUAACAAUCUUCAUAAGUCGACCCUGGAAAUGCACCAAAAAUCUAAAGAUCACAUUUUGAGUAUCAGUGACCUCAAGCUUAGAGAAAGCUUUCAACCGACAGUUUCAAAUGCAAAGAAGAACAUCGACAAUCAAACCCUGGAAAUUACAUGGAGGCAGAUUGUUCAGCUUAAAACAGUGUAUCUUAUGACUAAGAACGACGUUGCCGCUGAUAACUUUAUUCCAGUAAUGGAACUUCAGGCUGCGAACAGUUGCAGAGAUGCUUUGGUUUUUAGAAGAAACCUGAAAAUGUUUCAGAGAUUUCCUGGAAUUUGUAACAGUGCUAACCUUAGGACUCCCACUGUUCCCUCUGGGACCCUCAACCUUUGGUUAAAGGAGUCUGAGGGACUCCGAAAGGAAAAUAUUGAGGGAAAACCCUGAUCAGGCUCUUCCCAAGACCCCCUAACCAUGCACCUUGUCUGCUCCAUUUUCUUUAGUACUGCCACCAACCACUUUUAAUUACAGUCCUUGUCACUCACAUUGUCAGCACUAAUAAUGCUGUCGCUAACUCUUUAUCCUGUUUGCAGAUCUCCUGGUCCCGCUAUCUCGCAUCAGCAUCAGACCCGGGCCCAACCCCUGUCCCCCUCGACCAUUUGGCAGACCGUCUACCCUUCCUCCAAUCUCAGGAGAUUGUGGACUCAACCCACCACUCCUACCAGGCUGGUAUUUGGCGAUACUCUAACUUCUGUGGCUCCAGAGGAUGGCAAAGUUUCCUUGCCAUUGAGAUCACACUACGCUUCGCCUUCUUGGCUGACCAAGUCAGCUACAAGACCAUAAAGUUAUACAUGGCAGGCCUCCUUUUUAUACACACCAAAAACAGCCUACCAGACCCCUUCUCAUCAGCACCGCUCCUUCAUUUCCUCCUUCUUGGAAUCAAGUGCACCAUGGGGCUCUUAUCUUGUCAGCGCUUCCCUGUAACAAUGUCCCUUCUUCGACAGAUUAAGGAGGACCUAUCUCAUGCCUCUGAUUUCUGGCCAUCUGAUAAGCUGAUGUUGUGGUCGGCGUUUACAUUAGCCUUCCACUGCUUCCUCACCUUCAGUAUCACAAUUAAAUCCCCUAGUGCAUCUUUGCGCCACUGACAUCUCCUUCAUUUCUAAUGGGUGCCUCAUGUUGCAUCUCAAGUCAUCCAAGACUGACCCUUAUUGUCAGGGCUGUUUCUUAUUGAUUGCCGCCUCUCAUCGUUCAGUCUGGGUUGUCCACAACCUUCCAAAAGUACCUUGCUUGGCAUCCAACCGGCAGUGCAUCCCCUCUUUAGUUCUUCCAGUCUGGCAGCCACCUCACCAGAGCCAUAAAGUUACUAGUAUUCUUCGCACCCUCCUCCAGCAUCUUGGUAUCCCAAUAAAACUGUAUGCAUCCCACAGUUUUAGAAUCGGUGCAACCACCUCAGCAGCUGAAGCUGGCCUACCCCCUUGGCUGAUCCAAACACUCAGACAAUGGUCAAGCAACUGCUUCACUAUUUACAUUAGAACUCCGCCUUCUGUUCUUUAGAAGGUUCAAAGCCUCUUGGCUACCACAAAACCUCAGGUCAGGGGGCCUGGAACCUUCUACAAGGACGUUGCACUCCUACUUUUCCAAAGUCAGUUAGUUCACCAGGCACUAUUUGGGAUGUAAUUGGGAGCACACCUGCCACUCUUACCAGUGCAUAGCAGGCUGGGAGGGACCCCCACCCCACCUUAGUUUACUCAGUUAGUUGUCGCUGCCACCCUCAUUGCAUGACCCAGUUAAGGUUGUGUUGCUGCCACCCUCAUUGUAUUACUCAGUUUAGGGUGGGUUGCUGCCACCCUCAUUGUAUUACUCAGUUUAGGGUGGGUUGCUGCCACCCUCAUUUUAUUACCAGGGUGUGUUGCUGUCACCCUCAUUGUAUUACCCAGUUAAGGGUGUGUUGCUGCCACCCUCAUUGCAUUACCAGGGUGUCUUGCUGUCACCCUCAUUGCAUUACCCAGUUAAGGGUGUGUUGCUGCCACCCUCAUUGCAUUACCCAGUUAAGGGUGUGUUGCUGCCACCCUCAUUGCAUUACCAGUGUGUGUUGCUGUCACCCUCAUUGUAUUACCCAGUUAAGGGUGUGUUGCUGCCACCCUCAUUGCAUUACCAGGGUGUGUUGCUGUCACCCUCAUUGUAUUACCCAGUUAAGGGUGUGUUGCUGCCACCCUCAUUGCAUUACCAGGGUGUGUUGCUGUCACCCUCAUUGCAUGACCCAGUUAACCCAUUCGCUCCUGGAGAUUUUGCCGAAAAAUGCGUUUUGAAGCUAGUCGAGAGGUUUUCUGGUCACUGUCGUGCUAUAAAGAGCUAAAACUUACCACAAACCGGUUUACAGGUCGUACACUUGGCGGCCUUCUGAUCCAGAUGCAAAAUAUCAGCUUGCCAAGUUCGGGCAUGCGCAGAAAGCAAAAUUUCGAGAUAGUUUUUGGGUUUAAAAGUGACACAGCAGUCUUGACUUUUACUUUUUGCUUUCUCUCCUCCCUUCUUUUUUCGCUUUUCUUGCCUCAUUUUUUUUUCCCCUUGCUGGGCAUCUAGUAGGCUUCAUUUUGGUGGGAAGAGUUUUUAGGAAAGCUUUUAGGAUCUUAGGAUUAGGUGAAAGGAAAGGUUGGUGGGUAAUGGAACAAGAUUUUCAUGGAGAUUUUCAGGUCCUUGUCACAUGGUUUUUUGCUUCUUUCUCCGGUGUCCUUGACUGAAUUGUGCUCAUUCUGGUAUGGUUUGAAAGAUCUGUUCACUCUGCACAAGUUAGCGAAGAAAGUUGUCCUUGACCGUUAAAACUGUUGACGUCACAAAGGGUAGAAAGGACCUGGAUCCGCACGGGCGGUUACGGGCGGUUCAGGGGCUAAUGGGUUAAGGUUGUGUUGCUGCCACCCUCAUUGUAUUACUCAGUUUAGGGUCGGUUGCUGCCACCCUCAUUAUAUUACUCAGUUUAGGGUGGGUUGCUGCCACCCUCAUUGCAUUACCAGGGUGUGUUGCUGUCACCCUCAUUGCAUGACCCAGUUAAGGUUGUGUUGCUGCCACCCUCAUUGUAUUACUCAGUUUAGGGUCGGUUGCUGCCACCCUCAUUAUAUUACUCAGUUUAGGGUGAGUUGCUGCCACCCUCAUUGCAUUACCAGGGUGUGUUGCUGUCACCCUCAUUGCAUUACCCAGUUAAGGGUGUGUUGCUGCCACCCUCAUUGCAUUACCAGGGUGUCUUGCUGUCACCCUCAUUGCAUUACCCAGUUAAGGGUGUGUUGCUGCCACCCUCAUUGUAUUACUCAGUUUAGGGUCGGUUGCUGCCACCCUCAUUGCAUUACCCAGUUUAGGGUGUGUUGCUGCCACCUUAUUGCGUGCACCUUUGGGGUGAGUUGCUGCCACCCUCGCUUGACCUUGAGCAGGUUGCACCCAACAACCUUUAGUCCCAUUUACUGCCAAAGCUUUGUAGCUGUGUACUUUCUUUGUUUGAGUCUACAUUAUUAGUGACUAAGUUGGUAACAAUAGACCAUACUUGCUGCUGAUAAGCUGAGCAGGCACUGCCUACAAUUAGUGGGUUUCCUGCUGUAGCUGAAAUGAAUUUGUAAAAAUGAAAGUACAUGUAAAAUUAAUCCUUAAUUGCCCUGGGGUCCAUGCAACUUCAUGUACAUCAUAAAAUGAUCUAAGAAAGGCCCUCUUUAAAAUGAAGGCCUUUUCUCUAAUAAAUGCCCCCUCUACAAUUGUAUUAGGAUGCCCUCUCUAAUAAACACCUCUUGACUAUUAGAUGCCCCCAUGAAAAUUGCUCCAAAAUACUAGGAAAUAGAGCAAAAACAUUCAUUACAAUUUAUUCAGUUUCUUGCUUGAUCAAUAAGAGUUUUUGAAUUGCAUCUUGUUCAAUGUCAGGUUCAAAGUCGGAAUUCUGACAUUGAAGUAGAGAUUUAAUAAAAAGUGAUGUAGAUCUCCAAAAUUAAUGGCCUACACUUGUAAAUGUUACAGGUCAAAAUAAAAAAUGUAGUCAGGUUAAAAGGUUGAUUCUCAAUUUUCUUUGUCUCCCAUCUUUGAUUACCCAUCAAUUAGGGUUAAGACAUAGGAAAUUAAGAAUUAACUUAGGUUAAAAAAUUUUAACGUUUAUUUAAUUUUGACCUGUAACAGACUGGAUUGACUGUAAAUUCAAGGAAAGCAUAUACGUUUUGUGGAGAUUGUUACAGUUAUUAGAUUGAAUGCCUAGAUUCUUCUAUUUUUUAUUUCCCAUUUACUAUAUGCU